AAAAAGGCGGUAGUCGGAAACGCUACAAAAUAAACAAAAGCAAAAGCAGAGCGACGAAAGUUGUUUCGCCGAACUUAUAUUUUCAUCAAAAUUCAAGCUGUGAAACGCCGCAGCCAAUAAAUUAUAUAAUUUCAACCCAUUUGUACUGCGCAUUCUUCAAAAACACUUCAAAACAAUUCCAAUCAAAACCGUAAACGCAAUGAUAAUAAAACGAAAAUUACUAAAGUGUCAAGUAAAAGGGGUUGACACGGCGCGUUUUUGUCCAUAGAUAAUCUAGAGCUUAUAAGGGAACUUUUUAAAUGUAAAAACGCAAUGCGACAUAGGACGUUCCGUUCUAAGGAGAGGGAACCAUGCGCAAAGCAUUCGGGUAGUCGCUGCGACCGCCGGAGGCCGUGUCGCUGGAGCUUUACUCUCGCGCGAGUGUAUUUAAAAAAAUUCGACGCGAUGUGAUUCGAAAUUCGGACCGCGCGGUUGAGCUUGGAAUUUAAAAAAUAAAAAUUCGGAAGUGACGUGAGUGGAUUUGAAGUUUUUGAAAUUGGAAUUAAGUGUUUGAGAAGUGUCGGAGAUUUGAGUGUUUUGUUGUGAUCUAGACCGGAUUUCCUGUUGGCAUCUCAAGUGUUUUGUUUGCUGAAAUUGGAUAUAUUGCGGCAAAUUGAGGUAUCGACUGGGGUUGAAGGAAUGGACAAUAAAUUCGUAACGCAGUGAUGCAAGAGCAAGGAUACCCCUGACGGCGACAUGGCGAAUUGUUGGAUAGUGCUGACCAUACUGUGUGCCUCACUGAUAUCAGGGGGCAGCACGCACAGACACGGGCACGAUAUCUCAACAGAGGACCCGGACCUCAGCGAGCAUGACAACUCAACACAUCAUGGCAAGGACCGCGGAGGAUGGUCGCAAUGGAGCGAAUGGUCGCUCUGCUCGCGAACGUGCGACGGUGGCGUGUCGCGACAGCUGCGAACAUGUUCGUCGCCGGUCGGCUGUCGCGGCGAGCCGGUGCGGUACAAGAUUUGCAACAUGCAGCCUUGCCGCGGAAACGUGUCCCUGUUAGAAGAGGACAUAUGGCGCGAGCAGCAAUGCGCAGCACACGACAGCACUGCUUACGGCGGCGAGCUGUUUCACUGGCGCGCCCAUCGUGACGACGCUGAGCCGUGCGCGCUUACCUGUCGUGGGGAGCCACAACAUGCGUUGCAGACUGAACCGAGUGCGUCGCUUGAUGAGGAUGACCGCGUCGUUGUGGCAGUCCUGGCGGCACGAGUGUCCGACGGCACGAGGUGUCGGCCCGGCAGCUUGGAUAUGUGCAUCGACGGCCGCUGUCAGCGCGUCGGCUGCGACCUGCGCGUGGGCAGCACGCGCCGCGUCGACGAGUGCGGCGUCUGCGGCGGUGACGGGUCCUCGUGCUCAAGGCCACGGUACCACUGGCUCGCUACCCCGGGAUCCCUGUGUAGCGCUACAUGUGGCGGAGGCUACAAGAUGUCGCUUGCAGUCUGCCGCGAUCGGUUAACGGGAUCAGAUGCACCUGAGCAGUUGUGUAACGCUUCAAGCAAGCCUCAGGCGUCCAUCGUUCCGUGUAACACACAUCCUUGCCCGUUCAAGUGGUACGUUGGGGAAUGGUCAUCUUGCAGCAUGACCUGCGGCGGAGGGAUGCGCUCGCGCCGCGUCCUGUGCGCACGCUCUGCCAACAUGACAAGAGCGGACACAUACGAACCUGGUUCGAGUCCAGACCCUGGUUGCGUGUCUCCAGCGCCUCGUUCAACCCAGCCUUGCAACACCGAGGACUGUCCUGUCUGGGUCGAAGGACCAUGGUCAGGGUGCUCAGUGUCCUGCGGCGAAGGCAUCCAGGUCCGAGGUGUCGAGUGCACGCCAUCUGGCGGCGGCUGCGAUCCUUCAACCAGGCCAGAAAUCUCACGGCCAUGCUCCACUGGUAUCAGCUGCAGGGAGGAAGAGCCUGAGGACGAUAUCGAAGAACUCCUCCCAGGCGUAGUGUACCACACCCAACCCCUCAUACAACCAUACCCGCCGCCUCAAGCGAAGGCCGAGCGCCUCAUCGGAGACCCCGACGUGCCAGUCGAAGCCACCUACAUCAAAGAUGACGAUUGGGGACCGUGCAGUGUCUCAUGUGGAGAGGGUUGGAGAAAGAAAGAAGUUCAUUGCAAGAUAUUCCUGGAGUUCAGUAGGACUAUAGCGAAAUUGCCGGACAGUAAAUGUAUGGGGCCGAAGCCAACGGAGGAAACGGAGAGAUGCGUGAUGGAACCUUGUUCGUUGGCUUAUGGGACUUCCUUUGGGGAUUCAAGCGUACCUGCGUAUGGUGGAUCUGACAGAUCACUGACCUACGGUACGUCGAGCAACAUCAGGGUGGCGCCUGGAUCCCCUGGCAAAUCCUACUCUUGGAAGGAGAAGGGGUAUACCAGCUGCAGUGCCUCCUGUCUCAGUGGCGUUCAGGAGCUGAUAAUCCAGUGCGUCAGAGAUGAGGAUGGGAAGAACGCGUCGCCUUACAUGUGUGACCCGCUCACUAAGCCUGAGAACCGAGUCAGGACUUGCAACGACCAUCCGUGCCCGCCAAGAUGGAACUACACUGAGUUCUCCCAGUGUACAAAAUCCUGCGGUAUCGGUAUACAGACGAGAGAAGUUUCUUGUAUUCAUGAGGUGACACGAGGCGGCACGAACACCGUAGUCGUACCAAACAGCAUGUGCCCUCAACCACCUCCGCCAGACCGCCAAUACUGCAAUGUCCUAGACUGUCCCGUUCGCUGGCAUACAGGAGAAUGGUCGAAGUGCUCCAAGACUUGUGGUGGCGGAAUAAAGACGAGAGAUGUGGAAUGCAAGCAAAUAAUGGCUCAAUCUCACGUAGUGGAGCGGCCCGUGUCUUUCUGCAACUCUCCUAAGCCCGCACCCACCAAAUCCUGCAACAGCAGACCCUGUCUUUUGGACACGUCAGCUCCAGAGAUCCAGCUUGACAAUUCCUCGUAUAUACAGCAUGAUCCAAAGAAGAAGAAGGUGACGGUGAAAGUGGGGGGUUCAGCCACAGUGUUCUACGGGACGCAGGUGAAAAUAAAGUGUCCGGUCAAAGGCUACAAUCGCACCAAGAUCCAGUGGGCCAAGGACCACCAGAUCAUCACCAAGUCGAAGAAGUACAAGAUAUCGAAAAAGGGCGCUCUUCGUAUAAACUCCUUAUCGCUCCGAGACCACGGUAUCUACACAUGCGUUGCUGGCCGCUCCAGCGCCAACCUGACUUUGCUGGUCAAGCCGCGGCCAGGCGAGUUCCCGUCCAGCGAGGAGAUAGAGCGGCAUAAGGCGCUGGACGAACCGUCAUCACCUUUAGCUGACAGCAGAACCGAUGGCCGCUACCGAGCCAUGGUGGGGGGCAGAUCGGACGACCAAUCCCACGAGCAACGGCCUGGGGACACACGGAAAAGCUACAAAGGGAAACAGAAGGGUAAAAUAGACAAAAUUAGAGACGCCCUCCAUAAUCCGAUGACAACAAAGGCGUCUCCCACAUAUAACUCGCAGGCCAGAGACAUUUACGACGAGAACGAGGAGAGCGCCGUCUCCUCCCAGAUGCUCCCCCCCAAGCCGAGCAGUGGCUCGCGGCUGCUACCCUGCUUCCAUUUCCUGGUUAUGCAGAUCCAGAUGUUUUGGAAUUUCCAGGGCUUCGGGAACUCGAGAGGACAACGAAUGGUGGACCCGCUCAUUAUGUACCAAAACUACGGGACCCCUAUUAAAGCCCACAUCAUCAAUUUGGAAGACAAACAAUUUGUUUUCCCUGAAGAUGAUGAUUCUGACAUUAUUAUUGUCAAUGAAGAUUAUGAUAAAAAUACCAUUGAUGAAGUUAGAGUUGAGAAUUUGAAAGAAGAUGACGAAACGACUACUGAAGUCAGACGAGUGGAAGCCGUGGAUGCCAAAGAGUACACGUGGAGGACGACAGACUGGUCCCCGUGCAAUGCACCUUGUGGCCAAACGGGCCACCAGGUUAGAGGAGCGGUUUGUCAGCACAAGAAAGAGAACUCGACGACAACCGUUGAGACAGACGAGUGUCUCUCGCGCAGCUUGACGCCUCCGUCUGUGCUGAUGGCUUGCUCGAGCGGCGCGUGCGCCUCGUGGAGAGCGUCGCCGUGGUCGCCAGUUCGCUGUCUCGCCAGCGGGGCUGCCAUCGUCCGCCGCCGGGUGGAAUGCGUCAGUUCCAACGGCACCGUGCUGGCUCCAGAGGCCUGCGACAUUAGCACGCAGCCAGAGAAGACUAGGCGGGAACCACAACCUUGCAAGGCGACUUGGGCUCUCGGGCCUUGGAGUAAGUGCAUAGGCCCUUGCAACGCACCAGGCCGUCAGCACCGCGUGCUCCGCUGCGUCUGGCGUCACAACCAAUCACAGAAGCGACGCAAGGAGCGCAGCGCGGGCGCAGCGUGCGAGUUUCUCAGGCGGCCUAGCGUCAUACGUCAGUGCGACGUUGCAUGCCCGCGAGAUGGCGUUUGUCGCGACACGUCGCGCUUCUGCGAGAACGUCCGUGCCAUGAACAUGUGCGCCCUCCAGCGCUACAAGAUGCAAUGCUGCAAGACCUGUAACUAUUAGUUCAAGUACACCGAAUAAUUACAUCAUUCGUUGACUAAUUCUAUCAGUUUGCUGACGG